AUGUCUAUGGGACCAGCCGUCGGUAUCGACCUGGGUACUACGUACUCUUGCGUCGGUAUCUUCCGUGAGGACCGAUGUGAUAUCAUCGCCAACGACCAGGGUAACCGAACGACCCCUUCGUUCGUUGCCUUCACCGACACCGAGCGUCUGAUCGGUGAUGCGGCCAAGAACCAGGUCGCCAUGAACCCCCAGAACACCGUCUUCGACGCCAAGCGAUUGAUCGGACGCAAGUUUGCCGACUCCGAGGUCCAGGCUGACAUGAAGCACUUCCCCUUCAAGAUCAUCGACAAGGGCUCCAAGCCCGUUGUCGAGGUCGAGUUCAAGGGCGAGAAGAAGAACUUCACCCCCGAGGAGAUCUCCUCCAUGAUCCUGACCAAGAUGCGUGAGACCGCCGAGUCCUACCUCGGAACCACCGUCAACAACGCCGUCAUCACUGUCCCCGCCUACUUCAACGACAGCCAGCGUCAGGCUACCAAGGACGCCGGUCUCAUCGCCGGUCUCAACGUCCUUCGUAUCAUCAACGAGCCCACCGCUGCUGCCAUCGCCUACGGCCUUGACAAGAAGGUCGAGGGUGAGCGCAACGUCCUCAUCUUUGAUCUCGGUGGUGGUACCUUCGAUGUCUCUCUUCUGACCAUUGAGGAGGGCAUCUUCGAGGUCAAGUCCACUGCCGGUGACACUCACUUGGGUGGUGAAGAUUUCGACAACCGUCUUGUCAACCACUUUGUUAACGAAUUCAAGCGCAAGAACAAGAAGGUUAGUAGUUCCCCCACCGACGAGUCCAAACCCCUCCAGAACCCGCAUGUGCUAACUUCCGACCAGGAUCUGUCCACCAACGCUCGUGCUCUCCGCCGUCUCCGCACUGCCUGCGAGCGUGCUAAGCGAACUCUGUCUUCGUCUGCCCAGACUUCCAUUGAGAUCGACUCUCUCUUCGAGGGUAUCGACUACUACACCUCCAUCACUCGUGCCCGUUUCGAGGAGCUGUGCCAGGAUCUCUUCCGAUCCACCAUCCAGCCCGUCGACCGCGUCCUUGCCGAUGCCAAGAUCGACAAGUCCCAGGUCCACGAGAUCGUCCUCGUCGGUGGCUCCACCCGUAUCCCCCGUAUCCAGAAGCUCAUCACCGACUACUUCAACGGAAAGGAGCCCAACAAGUCCAUCAACCCUGACGAGGCCGUCGCCUACGGUGCUGCCGUCCAGGCCGCCAUUCUGUCUGGUGACACCUCCUCCAAGUCCACCAACGAGAUCCUGCUUCUCGAUGUCGCUCCCCUGUCCCUGGGUAUCGAGACUGCUGGUGGCAUGAUGACCAAGCUCAUCCCCCGCAACACCACCAUUCCCACCAAGAAGUCCGAGGUCUUCUCCACCUUCUCUGACAACCAGCCUGGUGUGCUCAUCCAGGUCUACGAGGGUGAGCGUCAGCGCACCAAGGACAACAACCUGCUCGGCAAGUUCGAGCUCACUGGCAUCCCCCCCGCCCCUCGUGGUGUUCCCCAGAUCGAGGUCACCUUCGACGUCGAUGCCAACGGUAUCAUGAACGUCUCCGCCGUCGAGAAGGGCACCGGCAAGUCCAACAAGAUUGUCAUUACCAACGACAAGGGCCGCCUGUCCAAGGAGGAGAUUGAGCGCAUGCUGUCUGACGCCGAGAAGUACAAGGAGGAGGACGAGGCCGAGGGCCGCCGUGUCUCUGCCAAGAACGGCCUCGAGUCGUACGCCUACUCUCUCCGCAACACCCUCACCGACCCCAAGGUCGAUGAGAAGAUUGAGGCCGGCGACAAGGAGACCCUCAAGACCGAGAUCGACAAGAUCGUCCAGUGGCUCGAUGAGAACCAGCAGGCCACUCGUGAGGAGUACGAGGAGCACCAGAAGGAGCUCGAGGGUGUCGCCAACCCCAUCAUGAUGAAGUUCUACGGAGCUGGUGGUGAGGGUGGCAUGCCCGGCGGCAUGCCCGGCGGCCCUGGCGGCUUCCCUGGCGCUGGCGGCGCUCCCCACGCCGGUGGCGAUGACGGCCCUACCGUCGAGGAGGUCGACUAA